CAGACAUUUCGCAAGGUUAAAUUUGUUUUUAUUUAGCAAAUGUAUAUGAUUUUAAGCAAACGUGGGAAUAGUUUGCUAAAUUAUGGUUAGAAUUACGUCUAUUUCAAAGGAAAUUUUAUGAUUUUCCAUUCAACAUUAGGAAAAAGAUGUUCUUCACCAUCAGAAACUGCCUACAGGAAUAAAAUAUUGUGACGUGUAAUUAAAGCAAUGGCUACUAGAAGACUAUUUGAACUUUUUCCUUUAAAUGGAAAACAGUCAUUAUGUAAACAGUGUCUGUGUCAUAGGUCACAGGGAUAUUUAAAUCGUGUGCAGAAACAUGUUGUCCAGAGAUUUGUACAGACAGAAUCUGUUAUUUCACAGAAACCUAAACUGUCUAGAAGUAGGAAAUUUGCACGUCUUAUAGGAAUAUUAUCAGUAGUGUCUGGAGGAACUUACCUAUGUUUGAAGGAACAAUAUAAAAGAAAAGUUAGAGUCACUGCCGGAGGAUUUGUAAGAUUUCUUAGGUCUGCUGUUAUAGGUUUGUCUAUUUCUAUAGACUACAAGCUUGCAUUGAGAAAACUUGAGGAAGAUUCUAUAGAAUAUGAUAAAGCCAUCAAACUGUGUCAUAAACGGUCUGCAGAAAAAUUGCUCAUGGGUUGCCUAAAUAAUGGUGGCCUUUAUGUAAAACUUGGACAAGGUCUUGUCUCAAUGAGUCACGUACUCCCAAAGGAAUAUGUGGAUACUCUAGUCAUACUUCAGGAUAAGGCAUUAUCUAUGGAACCUCGAGAUAUGGAGGAAUUGUUCGAGGAGGAUUUCGGAGCUUCACCUCAUACUGUGUUCAAGGAAUUUGAUGAGGAUCCAAUAGCUGCAGCUAGUUUAGCUCAGGUACACCGUGCAGUUACACAUGAUGGCAAGGAUGUAGCUGUAAAGAUUCAGUAUAUAGACUUACAAGACAGGUUCACUGGGGAUAUCAGAACAUGUGAAAUUUUAUUAAAAGUGAUUGGAUGGAUGCAUCCCAAGUUUGAGUUUGCUUGGGUACUACAGGAUAUGAAAGAUACUCUUGCACAGGAGCUUGACUUUGUGAAUGAAGGAUCAAACUCAGAGAGAUGUCAGGAUGAUUUGAAACAUUUAGGAUACGUGUAUGUACCAAAAGUUCACUGGGAUAGAACAAGCACGAGGGUGUUGACAGCUGAGUACAUAGAUGGAUGUAAAGUUAGUGAUACAGAGGGUAUCAGGAAGAUGGGACUGUCCCUGAAUGAUGUUGAUCAGAAGUUAGUGAGGUGUUUUUCAGACCAAAUAUUUCUGACAGGCUUUGUCCAUGCAGAUCCCCACCCAGGAAAUGUAUUUGUGAGACAAGGGAAGGAUAAGAAAGCAGAGAUUGUGCUACUGGACCACGGACUGUAUGACCGUUUACAGCCGUCCCACCGUGAAUACCUGUGUAACUUGUAUAAAGCAAUCAUAAUGAGGAAUGAAGAUGAGAUGGAAAGAUACUCGCAUUUACUUGGUGUUAAAGACUACCAGAUAUUUGCAAGUCUAGUAAGACAGGGACCAGUGAAGUUUACAAAGGCGCCACCACUUUUUCGUCACAAGCCAGUUGACAUGAAGGCUUUCCGUAAGCUCUCUAAACAAAUGCAGACAGAAAUGAAGGAAGACUUUGAAAUUCUACAUGAUAGAAUUUUCAAAGUCAUGCGAGAUAUGCCAAGCUCUCUUCUUUUGAUAUUUAGGAAUAUGAACACUGUUCGAGCUAUAUUAAGGGAACAUGGUAAUCCAGUCGACAGAUAUGGUAUCAUGGCAAAAAGUGCUAUAACUGGCACAUAUCGUAAAGAAGCUGAAAACAUCACUGUGAUAUCACAAGCCCAGGCCUGGUGGGAAAGGGUUGUAUUUGACUACCGGGUGAAGGCCGAAAGUUGGAAACUUUGGUUGGCAUUUUUGUACUUACGGCUUCUACAGAUGCUUGGCAGAGCACCAGCUAUGGAAAAGGUGAAAAGCUUCAUGGAAACUGAAGAAAAGAGGUACGAGACUAUGUGAAGAAGAGGUUAACUUAUCCAAGCUUGGCCUGUGAUAGAACUUUCUGUCUUCCAAGUAACAGUGAUAUAAGGGGCACCCAGUUAAUGCCAGACACAGAAGAGGUCUCGAAAAAGACAGCAUGGUUACCAUGGUAACAGCAUGACUUGCUGUCAGUUGGUGAUAAAACUGACAGUUUGUGACUUAAAGAUAUGUGAAUACUGAUAUUGCGGAAAUGAAAUGUAAAACAAAAAUUACAGAAAAAUGAAAUAUAGCAUCUACUGGAAAGAAACCUAUUGCCAGAUAGGACCAUUUGAGAGACAGAAGGAAAAAAAUCCAGUGAAUGUUGUCCAGACUCUGGUACACCGCCAGUCCAGUUAUUUUUAGCUUGACUAUUCGAAGAAUAGUCUAGCUAUUCUACUCACCCUGGCGUCAGCGUUACACCUUGGUUAAAGUUUUGCAUGCAAGUACAUAUGGCUAUCAUUUAAAGACAUAUAGCUUUGAAACUUAUUUUUUCUUUUCCUAGGUCAAUUAUCAACCUCACUGGGUCAAGUCCCAUAACUCUGACAUGUAUUUUGGCCAAAUUAUGCCCCCUUUUGGAUAUAGAAAAUUCUGGUUAAAGUUUUACACGUAAUCUCCAAAACUAAUGCAGAUAUUAAAUUGAAACUUCACAUGUGUCUUUGGGGUUAUGAAACUAGGUGAUAGCAUCAAGUCCUAUAACUCUGACAUGCAAUUCAGUCAAAUUAUGGCCCCUUUUGGACUUAGAAAAUUCUGGUUAAAGUUUUCAUGCAAAUACAUAUGGCUAUCAUUUAAAGGCAUAUAGCUUUGAAACUUAUUUUUUCUUUUCCUAGGUCAAUUACCAACCUCACUGGGUCAAGUCCCAUAACUCUUGCAUGUAUUUUGGGCAAAUUAUGCCCCCUUUUGGACUUAGAAAAUUCUGGUUAAAGGGUUGCAUGCAAGUUACCAUCUGCAAAACAAAUGCAGAUAUUGAAUUGAAACUUCACAUGUUUCCUUGGGGUUAUAAAACUAGUUGAUUGCACCAAGUCCCAUAACUCAGACAUGUAUUUUGGGCAAAUUAUGCCCACUUUUGUACUUAGAAAACUUCUAAAGUUUAGGUUGAAACUCUAUUGAUAUUUUAACAUUGGAUUAAUAUUCCUGCUUCUGUGACAACGAUUCGAAUAGUCAAGCACUGGUUGUCUUAUGGACAGCUCUUGUUUUAUUUAUGUUUAGAAAUUCCAAUUUUGUUGUUGAAUGUUCAAGCAACUAAGCACGUAAAUGUAUAAAGAUAUGUUACUAAUUUCUGGUUGGCCAGAUCAAAUGUUAGAAAAACAACUGAACUUGGAAAUAUUUUUACCAUUAAUCAUGUUGCUAUUGGAAAGCCUGGAUCAUAAUAUUAUAGUAAAAAACAAUGAUCGUUAUAAGAUACGAAUCCAGGUUUGCUGUCAGGUGCGUUAUAAUCUCUUGAUAAAAAUAGCAAACUAUAUAUCAAGACUUUGGUUGUUAGCUAGGAGUUAAAGCAGUGUUGUGUUUCUCUCAUUUUUUAAAAUAAUGACUGAAAAUACACUUAAUGAAUAUUGAAAUAUGAUCAGUGCAGUGUAACUAUAACCAUUAAUGCUUUAUUUAGUCUUUUACUGGUCUGAUCUUAAAAAUAAAUAUUUUACUAAAUGCACUUUAAGAUAAAGCUCUUCUGACAGGGUCAUGAAAGACUUGAUCUUAUAUUUUUAAUGAACAGAUUUUAUUUUUCAUAUUUUGAAGGAAUGUUUUUAUGUUUCACCAUUUUAAAUGAUUUUAAGUCUUCUUGAAAAUGUGAGCAAUUAAGAAAAUUUGGACCAGUAUCAUAUUGGUGCUUAAUGUUGUUGAACUUUAGAUAUGAGACAGUUAAAUAAAAUAUAUCUUUUUGAUAUUUUUAUUCCAUAUAUUAUUUAGAUUUAUUAUUUAGAGUAUUUUACUCUUAGUAUGAUACAUGUAUUGUUUUAAAGCAAUUAAAGUGGCUAGAAAUAUGAAUAUUGUUUUUAAGCAGGUAUAAAUAGUCUAAAAUCAUAAAGGAAGAAGGUUGUAUGAAAUUCUGAUCAUAUCUUGUUGUCAUGGAUACAUACAAAAGUACAUUUGUAUUUCACAAAAUGGUCAAGGGAGAAAUCUGAUAUUUACAGUAGUUAUGAAUGUUCUGCAAUUUAAUUGUUAUUAAACAUGUUGAUAAAGGUUCGUACAUUGAUUGUGGUAGGAAAUAAUAAGUGCUCAAAUAUCUCUCUGGUGGGUGAUUAAAUCUGUAACUGAUAGAAUGUUAGAAAGGAAAUGAUCUUAUAUAUUGUCUUUAGGGAAUUAAUUCUGUGUGCAGAAAAUAGAAAUGUAGCAGGUUAAAUGUUCUCUUCUGAUUUAAACUAGUUUGAAUUUCUUAUAUAUUUGUUCAGUGUUUUAUAAGUGUGACUAUGUGUAGUUUCACAUGUAAUAUUCCAUUUGCACUGCAGUAUGAAGUUAGGCAUUUUUGUACCCCCCGACAAUAAAGUUCAAAAGGAAACAAAACUCUCUUUUGCAUUUUACAAAAUUAUGCCCAUUUUUCAUCUUUUAUAUUAAUUUAAUGGACAAGGCUGUUGAACAGUUGAGCGUUUCUGCCCUCCGAAAGCUCGUGUAUCUAUACCUAGUACCAGAAUGAGCAGAUAAUAUCCAAGUCCUUUGAAAAACCUUUCGUGAGAAAAUCACCAUUUUGUGAACUUUUCAUGAAAUAGUUUCCUUUAUUGAAACACAUGGUAGAUAGUUUUCAGUUAGAUUGCUAUUCUUUUCUAUUAGCUUAUGAUCCAAGUUAAAUUGUUUUGCCCUUUCAACAAAACUGGAACAGAUCUAUAAUUAUAUAGAAUGUAUUAAUGUCUGUUUUUGUUUUACACGUGGUAUGUUGUGACAUUUUCUGUAUGGAAAUUGUAAUAUUCUAAAUUGGUUGUUUAUACACAUGGCAGAGAGUGUGGUUUCCCUUUUAGUGUAAUGAUCUUUUUGCUCAUACCUUUUAUCGGAAAAAUAUCGGUCAUUUUUUGUGUUUGUUUAUCGAAGCUUAUUCAAAGUCAGCACCAUAACUCAUAUUGGUGACUUCUUCCAGAUGAUACAAGAUGAUACAGUUGGCAUUCUGAUGCUUUGUCACUUUUUCAGUGAAAACUGUUUCUCUGUGCUAACACUGUACCAUAUACAGUUCUGUUCUUGUGGAAUUGUGCAUGCCAAAAGGUGUACUUUGGAUAAAAAUAUAUAAAAACUAGCAUUUAGAUU